CUUGUGUUCACUGCGCAGGCGGGUUUAUUUAGUAUACAGACAGCCGGAAGCUGCGCUCUGAAAUUGUCCGAACGGGAUACUACUUGGUGUGAUGGAUGGAGAGGUGAUGUUCCAGUCAGAGGAGUGAUCAGGCCCAAGCAGCCAUGACUGAGUGCUUCCUGCCCCCCAGCAGCAGCCCUGCAGAGCAGCGCCGGGCCGAGCAUCCCGGGGGGGUGGCCCGCACUCCCAGCUCUGAGGAAAUCAGCCCCACCAAGUUCCCCGGUUUGUAUCGCACCGGAGAACCGUCGCCGCCUCACGAUGGACAUCACCACGAGCCUCCUGAUGCCUACGUCUCAGACGACGACAAAGAGCACAGCAAGAAGAAGAACAAGUUCAAGAAGAAGGAGAAAAGGACGGAAGGAUACGCCGCUUUCCAGGAGGACAGUUCGGCCGACGAAGCGGAGAGCCCGUCCAAAAUGAAGCGCUCCAAAGGAAUCCAUGUGUUCAAGAAGCCGAGCUUCUCCAAGAAGAAGGAAAAGGACUUUAAGGUGAAGGAGAAGGGCCCCAAGGAGGACAAAGCCAAGGACAAGAAGUCGAAGGACCUGACAGCAGCCGACGUGGUGAAGCAGUGGAAGGAGAAGAAGAAGAAGAAGAAGCCGACCACCGAGGCAGAGCCGGUCCCGGUGGAGACCCCGACCUUCAGGCCCAUCUUUGGAGCCCCUCUGGGUGAAGCUGUGAAGAGGACAGCUCUGUACGAUGGCAUCCAGCUGCCAGCCAUCUUCAGAGAGUGUGUGGACUACAUUGAAAAUUAUGGGAUGAAGUGUGAAGGCAUCUACCGGGUUUCAGGUAUGAAGUCGAAGGUGGACGAGCUGAAGGCAGCGUACGACCGGGAGGAGUGCCCCUGCCUGGAGGAGUAUGACCCCCACACGGUGGCCAGCCUGCUGAAGCAGUACCUCCGCGAGCUGCCGGAGAACCUGCUGGGCCGAGACGUGGCCCAGAGGUUCGAGGACGCCUGCGGUCGGCAGGUGGAGGCCGAGAAGGUGACGGAGUUCCAGAGGCUGCUGGGCGAAGUGCCGCCGGAGAACCGACUCCUGCUGUCCUGGCUCGUCACGCACAUGGACCACGUCAUCGCCAGGGAGGCCGAGACCAAGAUGAACAUUCAGAACAUCUCCAUCGUCCUCAACCCCACCAUACAGAUCGGGAAUCGUGUUCUUUACAUGUUCUUCACCCACGUGAGGGAGCUGUUCGGAGACGUGCUCCUGAAGCCGGUGGUGCGGCCGCUUCGCUGGUCCAACAUGGCGACGAUGCCGGCUCUGCCCGAGACCCAGGAGAGCAUCAAGGAGGAGAUCCGACGACAGGAGUUUCUGCUGAACUGCCUGCACAGAGACCUGCAGGCAGGAGUGAAGGAUUUGUCUAAAGAGGAGCGACUCUGGGAGGUUCAGAGAAUCCUGACUGCUCUCAAACGCAAACUGAGGGAAGCCAAACGUCAGGAGUGUGAGAGUAAAAUAGCCCAGGAGAUAGCGAGCCUGUCAAAGGAAGACGUUUCUAAAGAGGAAAUGACUGAGAAUGAGGAGGAAGUCAUCAACCUUCUCUUGGCUCAGGAAAACGAGAUCCUGACGGAGCAGGAGGAGCUGAUCUCUCUGGAGCAGGUGCUGCGCAGACAGAUCGCUACGGAGAAGGAAGAGAUCGAGAGACUGCGGGCGGAAAUCGCAGACAUCCAGAGCCGGCAGCAGGGUCGCAGCGAGACGGAGGAGUACUCAUCAGACAGCGAAAGCGAGAGCGAGGAUGAGGAAGAGCUGCAGAUGAUACUGGAAGAUCUGCAGAAGCAAAAUGAGGAACUGGAGAACAAAAACACUCACCUGAACCAGGCCAUCCAUGAGGAGCAGGAAGCCAUUCUGGAGCUCCGCGUCCAGCUCCGCCUCCUGCAGAGCCACAAGCUGCAGCAGGAACUGACCGUCCAGCCGCCGGCCGAGCAGCCUCCACCCGCCCAGCCGAGCCCGGAGGCCCACAGCGAGGAGCAAACCAAGCGCUCCGUUGCCACCGCUUCCGCCUCCUCCUCCUCCUCCUCUGCUGCUGCUGCCGCCACCGAUACGACCGCCUCGUCCAACGGGAAGGCAGCCUCCAAGGAUCCUUCAAAGCCCUCGCCCAGCAAAGACAGAAGCAACAUGUGACUCUGCUCCACGUCUCCACCGCUGGUCAGUUGUCCCGUAUCUUCUCAUCCACUGGAGAUUUCACAGCGUCCUCCAUUAGUUCCUCAUUUCCAAAACACAAAAACCUAGAAGCAGAGUAGCUGCUAGCGGACACUGAGAGACGAGGUGGGACCGUGUUUUCCAGAUCUGCAGUGCCAAGCCUGAAUGAAGGAGGAGCAAUGAAGGGAUUCCUGGAGCGAGUAGGAGGACAAACAGUAGGACAGACGAUAAGCGAGGCUAGACCAGAUUUAAUCUCAGUCCCUGUCGUGCAUUCUGUCCCUCCCUAGAUGCAGAUUUGACAUGUUUGGAUAGAGAUCACUGUGCCAUACCUGAAGAAGUUCCCCCCAGAGAUCCACUAACACAAAAGCUCUUUGAAUGAUGAAGAAUUUAUGAGUGGUCUGUCUAUAUAUUAUAUAUUUAAAUAAUAUUCUGAAGAACGACUAUUCAAGAUUGAUUUAAAAGUUACAGCUUUUUUUUUUUUUUUAGUAAUAUAUGAAUAUAUAAAUAUAUUGUAGAUGUUUUCUUUUCUCUCUGCAACCGAUGCACAUAAAACACAGCGGCGUUGAUCUUCGCAACUGACCAGUGGAUGAAAACGGCGAACGAAUCCGCAACAAAAGUACGCUGAUCACCGCCAACAGCUGGGGGCGCCGCAGAGCAAUCAUCCUUCCUGUCGUGUCUUCAUCGUAACAGAUCUACGGCGAGGAUUUCAGCCUUUUAGACGCACGCAGGAGGCUCAGCUAGUUCUGUUGUGUAUUUGUGUGCGUGUGUUGUUUUUUUUAACUCUAGAUGUGUGGAGUUAAAAAAAAAACUAUCAGUCAAUCAUUUCAUUUAACUGAUCCAUGCAGAGUACUGUUCAGUGACUUACUUCCCUUUUCUGUAUAUUGUUGUAAAGUUGCAAACAAGCUGUAUUUUCCAGCUCUUAUGUUUUGUCAGAUGUUCUUUUUUUUAUUCUUAUUGUUAAUGACCUGUAUGGAUAGUGCUAGUGCGACCGGCCCUGCUUUGGUCGCGGGCAAAUCGAAGCAAUCUGGACUCGUGAUUUCUGAAUUAAUCCUGUGACUGAAACUGGCUUAGUUGGGCUCAGAAGCUUCUCAUGAGGUUAUUUUUUCAUAUUGUUCAGAGCUUUUGUAGCUGAUCGUUGCAGACAGAAUAAUGCUGUGAAGAAUAAAGUGUCAAUCGGAGUCGUUUA